AUGGAUCAAAGAAAAACAAUUUAUGUUGACAAUAAACCUGAAGAAUAUGUUUUUUAGGAUUUUGAUACUCUAGAUAAAGAGUUGGAAAAGAAAUACAAAGGAAAAUGUUUUUUGUUGGAUUAUGUUUCAGAGGCUCUCAUUACUCCAAAAAAUAUUGGAUAGUUUUAAAAAUUUACACUUUUUGAGAUCAGUUAGAUUAAACUUCUAUAGCAAUAGGUCUAAAAUUUGAAGGAAGAGCUGAAAUAAUUGACAGAUGAUUAACUAAUUUAAAAAGCGAUUUCAGAAAAAACCUAUACUAAUGCUGGUAAAACUAUUUUGGGAAAGUAGGAUGAACAGGAGGGAUUAAAGGAAAAAAUUAGAAUGUUAGAAUAGGAAAAUAAAAAACUUCAAUCAUUAGGAAAUUAGUUGAAAGCUAAAGAAUAAAAAAUAUAAGAUCUUUCAACCUAAAGUUUACAAUUUAGCAAUUAAAUAUCAAAUUUAUAAAGUCAAAAUUCUAAAUUAUCAUAUGAAAAUUCACAAUUAAUUGCAUCUAAAUCAGAACAAUAAGGGAAAAAUUUAUAGUGUUCAGAUUUUUAAUGCCAAGAAAACGAAUUAAGGACGUAAUUAGAUCUUGCAUUGCAAGAAUUAAAGACUUCAAAAUUAUAGAUUAAUUAGUAUUAAGAAGAAUCAAAAUAUUUCUAAACAGAAUUCAAGAAAUCAAAAGAAAAAAUAGAUCAUUUAACCAUUGAAUUACUUCAACUAAAAAAAUAGAUAAAUGAUUAAAAAUAAUCACCAGAUGAUUAAAACAAAGUUUCACAGAAACUAUAAUAAACUGUUUAUGAUCUUGAGAAUUUUUAUCAUGAUGAAGACAAAUAAAUGUAGGAAAAAAAUCAAAUAAAGUUCCUUGAUAGUAUCAUUAAAAAAUAAUCGGAGGAAAUAAAGAAGACUAGAGAAAUCCUUCUUAAAACUGAUGGAAGUUUAACUAUUUAUUAAUCAAAUUAUUUUGAGAUAUUGUAAAUAAUUUUAAACGAACACUAAUUUUAGAAAUGUAUCAAGGAAAAGAACUUUUUCUUUAGGCAAAAUUGUAUUUAAAAAACGAAAUUCCAUCACUCUUAAAGGAUUCCUGAAGAAGAAAUGUCUUUAUUUGUUAAUGGAAAAUAAAUAUCUAAAAAGUAUUCUCAUCUUCAAAUUUUGAUUAUGAAGCAAUUGAUAUCAUUUUAAAUAAAUUGAUUGUAUAGGGUUAUUUUAAAUUAUUUUAAAGAGACCUUUAAUAAAAUAGCACUCAAUAAUUGAAACAAAAUUGGAAUUUGAAAAUCCCAAAAUAAUUCUUAGUCAAGGAUUAAUCAGACAAUUAUUAUGUUUAUAAAGAGUGCCUCGAAAUUAAUAAUAAAAUUUUUAAACCCUUUUAAAUUACAUCACCAAUCGAACAAUAUAUUUCUUCAUUUUUUAAAUAUUUCUAUCUUGCAACAUCUAAAAAUUUGGCAUUAACAGAAUGUGAGUAUGGAGAAUCUAAAGAUAACUCAGAAAUCAUAAUAUCAAGCAUUAUAAUACAUUCAAAAUACGAAAAAGGAUUUUCAUGUUUUGAUAAAGGUAGAGUUGAGGAAUUUGAAGAAAUGCUUAACGUUCAUGAUAAAACAAAUUAAAGAUAUUGGUCUGAUGAAUUAGAAUAACUGGCUAAAAAAGUUUGGAAUGACCCAUAUAUAAUAAAUAUGAAUAUGAUAUAAAUUUUAUCUUCUAUUCAUAGAUUUAUAUUUUGA